AUGCCUCGAACUAACUUGAGAUUGCACAUUAACUUGAGGCAAACUGAAGGCAAUCUUAGGAGAAUCUGGAUACCGCUUCGUCUUGAGAAUUCUAACUAUCCACAGAUUUUGCUUGAUCGUCAGUCUGUUAUCAAUCUUAUUCGAAGUGUCUACGAUCCUUUGCUCAUCGCCUGGCUUGAUGAGCCAGGUCAUACCUGGCAAAACCAAUUUUCGACAAGAAGUUCCGGUAAUGAGUUUCAAAGAGAGAUUCUAGCUAGAAUUGGAGAGCUUCCAGGAGGAGUUCGGUCCAUAGAGUCCGAGACAGUCCUUGGUGGAAUUCUAUACGAUAUUCUUCGGUUUUACCGAUUCACCGAUGCCACCUGGAGGGUACCUUUGCCUGGCGCUGCUGCUGCUGCUCCUCCUCCUCCCCCUCCUCCCCCUCCUCCCCCUCCUGCUCCGGCCCCUGCUGUUGCUACUACUCCUGCUACUACACCUUCUGAGGAGUGGUCUGAGGAUUCUCUUAUUGCUGCUAACUUAGAUGUGCUUACAAAGGCAGCAAUUCAAGUACUUGGGUCUGAUGCGUCUUCUGAGGGGUCGUCUGGGGAUGUGCUUUCUACUACUGCAAAGAUUGCAAGUGCAGCCGAGCCUAUUCCAAUUGUUUCUCCCACUUAUGCCCUUGAUAUACUUGCAGCUGCUGCUGCCACACGUCCAUAUGCCCCUGUGCCUGCCCCUGCUGCUGCCCCUGCCCCGAUCGACUCUCCUGCUCCUGGGGUCAAGCGAGGCAGAAACGACGAGACCGAGGACGAAUCUGAGCAGCCUGCCAAGAAGAAGCAAGCGGUAAGUCCAAAAUAA